UCACGCGCACGCACGCACGCACGCGGUUGCGUGAUCUCUGAAAAACGGCAAAGCAACAAGAACGACAGCAUCGUCCUCAUCUUCAAACCAGCAUCGUCCUCAUCUUCAUCUUCAUCUCGUGCCAUGACGAGGUCGGAGCAGAAUUUCGGCGAGUCCGAGGUUCAGCAGGAGGAGGCGUGCAGCCCCGCGGGGAUCGGAACGGUGACCGGCACCGGCACCAGCACAGGAGACGAGGAGGAAGAGGACGAUGAGCGCCGCCUCCUGGACGACGAGGACGACGAGGACGAAGACGAGCAAGAGCAGGAGCAGGAGGAAGACGAGGGCGAGGGCGACGGCGAUGGCGACGGCAAGCCAAAGAGACGAGGACCCAAGAAGAAGAAGAUGACCAAGGCUCGCAUGCAGAGGUUCAAAGUUCGGCGUAUGAAGGCGAACGCUCGCGAGCGCAACCGCAUGCACGGUCUGAACGACGCCCUGGAGAGUCUGCGCAAAGUGGUGCCCUGCUACUCCAAGACGCAAAAACUCUCCAAGAUCGAGACCCUGCGCCUGGCCAAGAACUACAUCUGGACCCUCAGCGAGAUCCUGCGUUCCGGGAAAGCCCCGGACCUCAUCACCUUUGUGCAGGCGCUCUGUAAAGGUCUGUCCCAGCCGACCGCCAAUCUGGUGGCGGGCUGUCUGCAGCUGAACCCUCGCACUUUCCUCCCCGAGCAGUCGCCUGAGCUCCCGGCCCACCUGUCGCUGCCGCCUCCGCCGCCGGGCGCCGCCCCUUACGCGGCCCACUUCUCCUACCGGAGUCCCGGGCUGACGCCGGGCCUGCCCAGCCCGCCCUACGGCACCAUGGAGCCCUCGCACAUUUUCCGCCAGGUCAAGGUUCCGGCGUACGGCGCCCCGGACAGCUACUUUGACGGCGUCCCGCUGACGGACAGCCCGCCCUUCGACCCGCCCCUCAGCCCACCCCUCAGCGUCAACGGGAACUUCUCGUCGUUCAAACAGGAGGCUGCUGCUGCGGCGGCGGCGGCCGCGGCGGCGGCAGACUACGACAAGAGCUACCCCUUCGGCGUCCACUACGGCGGGGGCGGGGGCGUCUACCCGCAGGUAGACAACCUGCUGGGCUUCGACGGACACUCGCAUCAGCUCAACGCCAUUUUUCACGAGUCGUGAAAAGAGCUCGCUCCCUGCAUGGCGACGGCCAGACAGACCGGCAGCAAUAAGCCAAACUAUGCAAUUUGACCCCUGCACCCCCCCCCCCCAAAAAAAUCUAUUUUUGAGCGUCCAUCUUGUUGCUUUUUCUAAUGUCCUCUCAUAUUUGGAAAGACUUGUAUUAAAGGGGACCAUUUCGUG